GCAUUGCGCAUGCGCAUAUUUCUUCUGGAUAUUUCCUCACGUGGAGUGAUUCCCCUUCAGUGUGUCAUAUAUCCUUGUCCACGGAGAAAUCGGGGUGCUGCUCCACGCCGUUCGUAGACGUCUCACACAUCAGAAAUGGCCUUCAGAAAAUUCCUCCCCUUGUUUGACCGGGUACUAGUGGAAAAAUUUGUUGCAGAAACAGUAACAAAAGGCGGCAUCAUGCUACCAGAGAAAUCUCAAGGCAAAGUGCUGCAGGCCACAGUAGUAGCAGUAGGACCUGGCUCUGUCAAUCAGAAAGGAGCUCUACAGCCUGUCAGUGUGAAGGUUGGAGAAAAGGUUCUCCUGCCAGAAUAUGGUGGAACCAAAGUCAUUCUAGACGACAAGGACUAUUUCCUGUUCCGUGAUGCGGAUAUCCUUGGCAAAUACGUCGAAUGAGUCAAGUUCGUUUCAUUGCUGUAGAACAUGUAAAGUCAUCCCUGGAGAAGAAAUUAAGUUGCCUCAUUCAUGUCUGUUUUCAUUUUUCUAUGUUAUUGACAUUGUAAAUAAUUCUAAUCAUGUUUUGUUACAAUAAUAAAAGUGAACUGUUGACA